AGGGAACCUCGAAGUUUUCACCCGAGUCCGCACAAUAAGGAAGCCGACUAUCUCCACUAUUAAGUUAAAGCGUGCACUUCUGCACAUGCGUGUUGUGAGGUCAUCUUUUUAUCCCGUAGGAAACCUAUCAGAGGCUUCGAGGAUGCUGUUGAAAGCAUAGACCUAAGAAAUACACUCAGCAGACAUACAGUUCAUCCGCCUUCUGAUUCCUUUAGGCGCUUUUUCUUCCUCCACUGUUCUUGAAGUGAAAGCUGUCCAAAGGAAACGAUCGAAAAAGCCAGGGUUUUGGUGUAGCUAUGACUGUACAGCAGCUUCUACGUGUUUUCCCCACCCCAAUGUUAACGGCAAUUACAGGAAUACCUGCUUUUUCUAACUCGGCUCUUAUAGCCUAUUUGCACACCUAACCUGUAAUAUUAGUAUUUCAGGACUUCCAUUUGCUGUUUGCUCCCAGCUAUAGGUGUAAGGUAUAACAAUUUUAUAAUGAUUUUUUUGAUAUGAAAUCAUAGGUGGUUGUGUUGAGUCAUUAGAAGAAAAAUCCACAAUCCAGAGUUGGGUAAAUAAAUGUUUUUAUUACGACCAAAAAGUAACAAAGCAAACAGCAACCCGAUUCUCACAGAGCUCUUAAUUGGGGUAGAAGGUAAGCAAAAGAAUGAGCCGCGGGAGAAGAGGGCAUUUUUGUUCAACAACAUCGAGUCUAUGUUGGCCUAAUGAACAAUUCUGUAGGACGUAAAAGCUCGCUGUUGAUUAUGCUCCUUUGUUUGUUUGUUUGUUUAUUUAUCUAUUUAUUUUAGUGGUGUUGGUUCUAAUAAAAGCAUUAGGUACUUUGGAUUGUGAAUUCCAGGGCAGACAAUAGUGGUGACGGGAAUCCGGCAGUUGCCUCACCAAACAAGUCGAGUUAUUCUAGCAGUUUCAUAUCUCUGCAGUGGGGAGCUCUGUUCUCACUUGCAGUCUGCUUCCGGGUCUUCUUUUCCCCCACAAUCACCACGUUUUUGUAAUUCUCUUAUGGCGGCGCCCACCGGAGAUGGAAGGAAAAGGAAGCAAUUUGGGAAUCGUUUCCUCACCGAUCCGGCUCGUCUUUUUCAACACAACGCCUGGGAUAAUGUGGAGUGGUCUGAAGAGCAGGAAGCAGCUGCACGAGCAAAGGUCCAAGAGAACAGUAUACACUUUGUAUCUCAAGAGCAACAAGAUGCAUAUGAGCUCAAUGCUAACAAGUAUUGGAACGACUUCUACAAAACCCAUGAUAAUGGGUUUUUCAAGGACCGACACUGGCUGUUUACUGAAUUUCCUGAGUUGGCUCCAAACCAAAAUGUUAAUCAGAUUGACAAAAGCACCUCUGAGGACAGUGACAUUGUGAGAAAUGCCAAGAACUCAGGCCCCGGAGGCUGUUGUGGCAACGGACUCGGUUCAAUGGAGACUGGAGUCUCAGAGCAUCUGUUGGACUCGGAGACAAGCAGUUUUGACACUGUUCACCAAUUGCAUAAAGAAGAGGAAAUGGCAUUGCAGAAGCUGGCAGAACUACAAUUAAGUGAUCGUGACUUCCCGGGGUCCUCUGCUACUUACCGAAUACUAGAGGUGGGCUGCGGUGCAGGAAACACAGUCUUCCCCAUCCUUCAGACCAACAAUGAUCCAGGCUUGUUUGUGUAUUGCUGUGACUUCUGCACUACAGCAGUGGACCUUGUCCAGACCCAUCCAGAAUACGACCAGUCUCGUUGCUUUGCCUUCAUUCACGACCUGUGUGAGAAUCAGACCCCCUUUCCAAUGCCAGAUGAGAGUCUGGAUGUGGUGGUCCUCAUCUUUGUCCUUUCAGCUCUUCUUCCAGAAAAAAUGCAGGGCGUCAUCAGCAGACUUAGCCGGCUUCUAAAACCUGGUGGUAUGAUUCUUUUACGUGAUUAUGGCCGUUAUGAUUUGGCCCAGCUCCGUUUUAAGAAAGGUCAAUGUCUGGCUGACAACUUCUAUGUAAGAGGAGAUGGCACCAGGGUGUAUUUCUUCACGCAAGAUGAGCUGGAUUCGCUCUUCACUACUGCUGGCUUGGAGAAAGUCCAAAAUCUGGUGGAUCGCCGUCUCCAAGUGAACAGGGGAAAGCAAGUCACCAUGUACAGAGUGUGGAUCCAGUGCAAAUACCGCAAGCCCCACAGGCCAAGGGGAGACGUGGAGCCUCUAUAAGAAAUGGCCUGACACUUUUUCAGCACUGUGGCUGGACUUGAGGCCCUCCUUGGAGAUUGCCCCCUUGGUCCAGCUACAGGACUCCAUGGUGCUUGUGUCAGAGGCACACCAUUUGGCACUAGCCUCCCAACACUUCUUGAACAUUUUAAACAGAGAGUGGAGGGGAACAGACACUUCUCACAAUGCUGAAUACUUCUCAUGGAUUUGCAUACAGCUGCAUGACCUGCAGAGUUGUUCCUCGAGUCUCCUAAUUCACAGGCCUUCCUCUAAAUUAGUUAAUUUCAUUAACCAUUCCUGCAGGGUAACUACUCAAAUCCCAGUUUGGCUGCUGCCUUUUUCUGUUCUGCUUGAACAAGAUUUUUUCAGAUGAAGGAUGGCUAUCAGACUAAUUGCAUCUCCAUUAUUUUUGUGUGUGUUUGUUGGUGUUUUUAAUGCCUGCAUCUGUCUCAGAGAUCUAAAAAGAUCAUUACCAUUGGUUUAGGGUCCUGCAUGAGUUGUCGGUUGCUUCAAGGAGCUGAUCAGCUGGCUGUUUCUAAAACAGAGAGCUGAGACUUCUUGUGCUCCAAGAUAACCAUUUCAUCUGGGAGGGUGUGUGAAUAGUGAUUGUGAAAAUGUACUGGGAAGCUUGUGGGCUUCUAGAACAAUAUUUAAACAAAAAAAUUGAAUAGAAUUGGCAGUUAUUGCUGGACCAAACUUCUCUUAGCAAAAGCAUCUUUAAAAACAACAACAACAAACUGCCUUUCUGUUUAAAACCAUCCAAGAUCGUAUACAAUCUCAAAACAAUAACAAAUAACUUUUUAUUUACAAUAUUAUAUAUGCUUUUCAACAACAACAGUUUUCAAAGCAAUCUAAAUAGCAAAAGGAAUUAGAUGUUUCCCGGUCCCAAGUGAGCUCACAGCCUAGAAACAAAAUUCUAUAAAACCAUAGAAAUCAAGAUCAGCAGACACAGACUAAAGCUACCCAAUCAGCAAUUUUAGCUAUCGUAGAGCCAGCAGCCAAGGGGGCUAGCUUUCUGAGGGAGGGAGUUCCAUAAUCUGAGUGCAACUCUAGAGGAGGCCGAGAGGCACACCAUAAUAGGUAGAGCAAGGCUGUUUCGGAUGACUUCUGCAGAUAGACAUCUCUUUUCACGUUCAGCAUCUCUUUUCGCGUUCAGCAGAGCCCUUCAUAAUCUACCUCAUGAGUAGUUCUGUGAAAAUGCAGAGUUUGCAUGACCCAUACCAGUGGAAAUGGAUCUCAACAGAGAUCACUUAACUACUUACCUGGCAUCAAAUGAAACAAGUUGUUGCCUUCAUCAUCUUCCACAACAAAACAGCAAGCUGCCAAAAUGCAUAUUGCAUUAAGCCCCAAAUGCACCCGAGGAAUUUGGUAAUCUUGCUGCUCCAACAGCAGGGUAAAUAACUAUUUUUCAUGGGGGGGGUGAUUUCUCAAAAAUUUACUUAGAAUUUUUUAAUUGGCCUAGUUUAAAGGUAAACCUGAAUUUAAUACAAGCAGACACAGUAAAGCCUAUGUGUAUAAUCUCCAAAAACCUAAUCAUGAGAACACUGGGGGACAGAUCUAACUUCUAAGGGCGGGCAUUACAAAUGAUACAAGCUAUGUGUUAUCUUUAUCUUUAUGGGCUCUCCACCAGACUCAGCAAACAAGUAGAUCAUCACAGGCACUAGAAUCCAGAAGAUGCCUUUCAGUAUCUUGGUACGGUCAUCUGCUGAGCUGAUAAGAGUGAUCCUGUAUUCCUAUUGUAUGCCCUCCAAAUAUCUGAGUGUUUUCAAUUCUCAAAUUAUGCAUAUGUGUGAAUCUACCAACCAAACAGCAUGCAUAGAUGUUUGGUCUCAUGAAGAAAUGCUGUUUUUGUCCUGUGACUAUGAUCUCUUGGUUUUUGAAAGUUCUGGACACUUCUUGCAGCCUAAUCAUAAACAUGUUUACUUGGAAACAAGUUCCAUCUUGUUAAGUGGGACUUCCAAUUAAGUGUACAGAGUCUUGCAUACACAGGAAUGCAGCCUUAGUCAUCGUGUAAGUGAACUUGUUUCUUAUCCUUGCAUGUAUGCAGAGAGAUCCAAACAAAUCUAUCUCUUGUCUCUAAAACAGAUAUAAUUCUGCCAUGCAAAACACAUGUGGGCUGCAUGACCAAAGAUUUUGGCUUAUGCUUUUAGAUUGUUUAAAGCCUCUAUUUAGCUAGAAAUCAAUGUUUUAACUAAUUGUAACAAUCACUAGGCAUGUACAGGAGAUACAUGAAUUUCAAAAUGGGAAACUUCCAUCCUGUUGGGCAGGAUGAUGGCAGCUGUUCACUAGUCUACCUACUUCAGAUGUCUUAUACUUUUGCCUAGACCUGAUGGCAACAGCAACAUACACUAGCUCUAUUUGUUCAAGCCCUGGAUAAGGGCAAGGGGGCACAAAUCCAGACCCUAGCCCUUGAGGGCAUGGAGGCUGGCUUUGUUGGGCAGUCCCCAGUGGGAAUAUCCCAUCUUUGAAAACAAGCUCUAUGUCUUUUGUGCCACCUGUCCAUGUUCAUGUUUACUUAGAAGUCCCGCUGAGUUCAAUGGAACUUACUUCCAGGUAAGAAAAUAAUCUCCCACAUAAUAUAGCCAGUAAAAGGCUUAGAGGCUGCAAUCCUAUAACAAGCAGAUAUGAGUAAACUCCACUGACGUCUCCUUGCUAAACUGGCAGAGAGACAACUUCUAAAGUGGUGGUUCUCUUCUUUUUAGCAGGAGGAGACCAACUGUCCCAAUACAGCCCAGCAUAGUGACUCUCCAGUGGCUGUUGCUGGCAUAUCUUGCAUGUGUUUUCUUUUUGUAAAAAAAAAAAAGUUUGAGUCUUCAGGAUGGGGGACCAUUUUUUCAUAUAUUUUGCUUUGUAAACUGCUUUGAGAACUUUUUGUUGAAAAGUGGUCUAUAAAUAUUUUAAAUAAC